AUGCAUGGUAUGUUUCGUCAAGCGAUUUCCGUUUGCGCAUCUGGCACCAGAAAGCAGGCCACUGUUGGAUCCCAGCAAUGCCACAAGCUCGAACAACUACUCGCUGAGCGCGACCGCGAAAUAGUCACCCUACAGCUUGAGGCAGCGGAGGCGUCAUCCAGGAUCAGCGCCUUGGAGAGCGAGACAAAGAGGUUAGAAACCAGUCGCGAAGAGCACGAGAGGCAACAGGAAGUUUUGGAGGGGCGCCUGGUGCGCUGCAGGGCGCAGUCACAGGCAGUGGCGGCCCGCAAGUUUGACCGAUCCGAAAUCCUUGCACAGCUGCCCACGAAGGAGGAGCUAACGGGGAAAGAACUGCUGAAAGCGAGGUCGUCAGGGCCAACAGAGAUAUGCCGCUUGCUGAAGGGCCACUUAAAAGAUGACGUAAAGGCCUGCGGUCUGUUGGAGCGACUUAAAGAGGAUGUGCAGGAUCAACGGGUCAAGUUGGUGGUCAUGCAACAGCGUGAAGAGUGUCUAUUGCAAAUCAUGACAGGCGGUCAAGGAACAAGGCAAUGA